AUGCUUCAAAGAAAGAUAAAUUUAUGCCUUUGGCAUAGAUAUAGAAUAAGAUAUUGUCAAAAUGAAAAAAAUAAAAUAAUAGUAAGUGUAAUGAGGAAAAAGACACAAGAAUUUUGCUCAAAUAAUACAAGAUACAGAAAAAUUACAGUUAUACCAUUUGAUAAUAAAGAAGUGUCGUUAAAUUUAGAAUAUAAAAAUAUUCCUUUUGAUAUUGAUGAAUUAAAUAAAAAAAGUAAGAAUGAAAUAUUAAACAUUUAUAAAAUUAUAAGAAAUAAAAAUGAAUUAAAUAAAUUACCAAGUGAUUUUUUAGAUAACUUAUUUGAAUGCACAAAAAAAUAUAUUCGUUGCUUAUUACCUUAUGAAAUAAUAAAAAUAUAUAAAACAUUAAAUAUAAUAAAAAAAAAUAAUAAAGAUUUAAAUUUAUUAUUACAUCAACAUAUAAAAAGAAUAUAUCAAAAUUUUGAUGUUAUAAGUAUCAGUAAAUUAUUUCAAAUAUAUACCUUUUCAAAAUCAAAACCAAUAUAUAUAAUAAAAAAAUUAUCUGAAAUAUUUUUAAAUAAUUUAAAAAAUUGUAACAAACCUUGGUGUUUUAGAGAAGUUAUAUCUAUAUAUUCAUAUUUUAAAAUAAAUUCAAAAGAUCAUAUAGAUCAUAUAUUUAAAAAAUGUAUGCCUAUAAUAGCAAAAAAUAUAAUGAUGUAUACACCAAAAGACGCUACUAUUAUUUUCUACAGUUUUGUAAAAAUGAAUAAAUAUGAUAAAAUUUUAUAUCAUGCUAUAACAAAAAAUGUAAUUUUAAAAAUUCAUUUAUAUGAAUUUAAUCACCUUUCAAUUAUAUUAAAUUCUUUUGCUAAAAUAGGAGAAAAAAAUAAUAAACUAUGUGAGGCCAUAUGUAAUCAAAUCAAAAAUAAAAUAAAAAUACCGAAAACCAAUACAGAUCUAGAAACAAACUGCUUAAUAGAUUCUUCAAAUUUGAACUCAAAUAAUAUCGAACAUAAUGACACGAAUAAAAAUCAUUUUUCUAAUUUUGGAACCCCAAAAUUAACUGAAAUAAAAAUGAAUGAUAGCCCAAACUAUGACGAAGUAAUAAUAGAAUUAAAUAAAAGCGAAACAGAAUAUAAACAAAUAAAAAAAUAUGAAAAUAAAAAUAAUUUAUUAAAAGAUAAAAUUCUUAAACCAAAAGAUGUUUCUGUUAUAUUAAAUGCUUUGAUAAAACUAGAAUAUUAUAAUAAUGAAACAUUUAUUUGUUUAAUUCCAUUUAUAAUAAAUAAUAUUUGUAAAUUUUCUCCACAAUCAUUAAGCAACUUGGCUCAUGCUUAUUCACAAAUACACAUUGAUAAUACAUUGUUAUUUGAUAAAAUUGCAAAUGAGUCAAUAAUGAAAAUACAUAAAUUUAAAAAUAAAGAAUUAAGUAAUUUAGCUAACUCUUUUGUACGAUUAAAUAUAAAAAAUAAAACAUUGUUUACUUAUAUAAUAGAUGAAUUUUUAUAUAGAUCUACUAUUGGUUCUAAAUUCCAAAAUUAUAAAUUUGAUAUUUUGUCAUUACAACAAUUUGCUUACUCUUUUAGUAAAGUUGGGUUAAAGGACGAAAAAGUAUAUAACAUUUUAUACAACACUUUAAUUAAAAAAAUUCAUGAAAUAAAAAAAAUGAAAAAAAAAAUAAUAAUAAAUGGAAAAAAUUUGUUGUUAGAAAAUCAUAAUAACCAAGCAAACUCUUGUUCAGACAUUGUGAUAAAUAAAAAUAUAAAUUCUUUAUUAUUUAGAAAAGAUGAAAUGUUAGAAAAAAAUAAUUUCGAUUUUUUUUUCAUUUCAACAUUUGUCAAUUCUUAUAGUAGAGCAAAAAUAAACCAUAAAAAUUUCGCGCACUUUAUUAGCUACAUAAUUAGAAAAAAGAAACAAAAUAAUAAUGAAAUAUUAUCAAACCAAUCAUUAAGUAGUUUGAUUUAUGGUUUAACCAAAUUAAAAAUUAAAGAUAAAAAAAUUUAUCAAUUAUUACUAAAAGAAUGCAAUGAAAAAAUCGAUUCGUUACAACCAUUUCAAAUAGCAUUAAUAUUAUAUUCAUUUAGUAAAUUAAAAAUAUAUUCUUAUAAAUAUGUUAAAAAAUCUAUACAAAUAUUAAGUAUGAAUAUACACAAUUUGAAUUUAAACGAUUUAUCUUUAGUGUGUUACUCAUUAUCAAACUUUUUAUACAGAGAUAUAAUAUUUUUAUAUAAAGUUCAAAAAAUAUUAUCUUUAAAUAAUUACGAAUUUAAUAAAACUAAUGUUUGUCAACUUUUUAAUUCAUAUACAAAAUUAUGUUUUUAUUAUAAGCCAUUUUAUGAUUUUAUAUUCCAAAAAAUAUUUACAUUUAUGCAUGAAUUUGAUGAAAAAGAAUUAACUAAUCUUGUCUUUUCAUUUAUUUAUUAUUUCCAUAUUGUUAUAUUACAAAAUUAUGCCAAUUUAGAAAAAAAUAAUAAACCCUCUGACAUUGAUCCUAAUAUCAGUAACCUUAUGAAUGGUGUGAAAUAUUUUAUUGAAAGCGAAGAAAAUCAGAAUAAUGAAGAAAUAAAAAUAAAACCGAAUACAAACAAUAAUAAUUCUAGCAUUAGUAGGGAAAUAUGCAGUGAUCUAAAUAAUAAAAAAAAAAAAAUUGACGAAAAAAAUAAGAAAGGUAAUAUUGUUAACAAUAAUAAUGAUAAAACUUGUUAUUCUUUGAAAGAAAAUACGUCUAAUUUAAUUCUAAAAAAUAGAGAAGAAUUUUUUAAAAAUGAAUUAAAUAUAUUUUUUAAUUUAAUUUUUAUUUUAAAUGAAAAAUAUAGACAAAAAUUAUCACUAAUUAGUAUAUAUCAAUUGCAAAUAGUAGAUUUAUAUUUACGCGCAUUUUUUACAAACUAUUUUUCAUUCCCAAAUUAUUUAAAAAGUUUUUUUUUCAAAUGUAGAAAUGUGAAACUUAAAAUUGAUGAUUAUGUUUUAUUAUCCUCAAAAAUGCAUCGAAACAUUUCUCGAUAUCUUAAUGCAGUUGGGGUUAAACACAAAAGUGAAGUUAUUUUUGGCCCAUAUCAGUUAGACAUUGUUGUAGAUUUUUUGAAAAAUGAUAUAAAAAAUAAAUUUAAUUUAAAUUUUAACAAUGAAAUAAAUGAAACAAAUCAUAAUAAUUAUAAUGUAAUAUAUAAACGGAAGGGUUUAGAAAAUGAAGAAGUUGUAAAAAAAGAAGAUAAAGAAAAAUACAAUAUAAUAGAAAAGUUACUAACAAAAAAUAUUGUCAUAGAAGUAGAUGGAAUAUCCCAUUUUUAUAAAGAAAGUUAUAGUAGAACAUUAAAUUCAAUAAUAAAAAAUUAUAUUUUAAAAAAAUUUGGAUGGAAUAUAAUACAUAUACCAUAUCAAGAAUGGAAUCAAUGUUAUAAUUUUAAAACCAAAAUAUUAUAUGCUAUUCAUAUUUUUAAGAAAAUUAUUCAUAUUAAUCGGGAUACUAUAUCUCCAAAAGAUUUUAUAUAUUUUAUGAAUAAUGAAAACUCAUUUAAUCAACGAAAUAUCAAUAAUAAUAACACUUCUGCAAGUACCUCUCAUAUAAAUAAUAUGAAUGACAAUUUUAUGAAUUAUGAUAUGGUCAUUAAUAAUACUGAUAAAAAUGGAGAAGACGAAAAAAAUCAACAUCAUGGAAAUAAUAACGAUAUAAAUACAAAAAUCCAACAAAAGGAUGAAAAAAAUAUUCCAGAUUUUUAUACAAUAGAUGAAGAAACAAUUUUCCUUAAUCAGCUAAAAUGUCGAAAUAAGUUUCAAAAAAAUAUAAUGAAAAAACUCAGGCAAAAUGGGAAAAUUAAAUAUGAUUUUAAUAUUGUCUGCAAGAAUAAUAAAACUGAAGAAUGUAUCGAAUUAUCUGAUCAAAAUUCUAAAACAGAUAUCGAAACAUGA